UCAGAUUACAGCGAAACUGGAAGUAGCCAACUACUGCGUGCGUACUCAUACAAAGUGACUGAGUUAGUUUUUGCGUGAAAGCAACUUUAUCAAACCUGUUUUGACUGGGGGGCUCAGUUGAGCGACAUUGUUUUCGUCGACUCUGGCACAAUGACUCUGACUGAGUGGACUUGACCGACGCGACAGGGUAUGAAAAACUUUUAUCCGCGCCUCAAUGCUCCUGGAUAUCCGGAUAUACAGCUGUCGUUGCUGCAUAAACAUUCGCUAGCAUGCCACGCAAGCAGCUACAAAAUGUUACCUCUGGAGUCAGCGGUGGUCUGUUUCAGUAGAGGUUUCUGACGUAUUUCUGCUCACCUGUCAUCAUGAUGAGGCUAAUGAAGCUGAGGAGACACCUGAGGGGGAGUGGGAGGGUGCUGGUUUUUGUGUUUGCUGCUUCCAUCGUUUGGCUACUGUUUGACAUGGCUGCUCUGAGAGUGUCCAUAGACGACGUGAACACUCAUAUCCUGAAGGAGCGCGUGCUCAGAGAAAGAGAAAUGAGGAGGGUCAGAGCCACCCCGAAUCUGAAAAUGGAGUUCAAACACCCGGUUCAGAGGCUGGACCCGGCUGCCAUUCGUGACAGGGAAAGACCACUAGCUUCAGAUGUGUACAGAGAGGGGAGUAAAAGAGCAGUCCUGAAGGACAAAAAAGAUCUUAAAAGAGACCGCUUUAAAUCUGUGGCUCCUCAACACAAAGCUGAUGUUUAUAAUCAUGGUGUCAUAGCUAAGCAGGAUGCUCCUGGGAAGAAAAAGGUACCAAAUUUGGACUUUGGUGUCGCAGUAGCCAAUGCAAGUCAAGUACGGGCAAAUAAAGUUGUUUUAGAGCGAGAUGUUGCAAAAGAAUCUCUCCAUGCUGUGGCAUCAAAAGAAAAACUUGGCGUAAAUGAAACAAUCGUGUUGGAGUCCAAAGACCUACUUCCAUCCAAAGCAAUGUCUCACCAAAAACCCAACAAGGAUCCAAAUGCACAGAAGGAACCACUAAAACCAACAGCCCACCUCCAUGUGGGAAAUAUCUCCACUGCCGUCAGAAAAUCUGGUGUCCACAAAGUGCUUUCUCUGGACGUGACGCACGCCCCUCGAGAUCCAAAUGCGCUGGGCCAGUUUGGUCGGGGAGUGAUCCUUCCCAGUAGUGAGGAUGAAGAGGUGAGGAAGAGGUGGGAUGAAGGCCAUUUUAAUGUCUACCUCAGCGAUCGGAUUCCAGUGGACCGCGCCAUUCCUGACACCAGGCCAGAAGUAUGUUCGCAGGCUGUGGUCCACGACGACUUGCCUUCCACCAGCGUCAUUUUCUGUUUUGUGGACGAGGUUUGGUCCACUCUCCUCCGCUCUGUGCACAGUGUGCUAAACAGAUCUCCACCACACCUCCUCAAAGAAAUCAUCCUGGUGGAUGAUUUCAGUACUAAAGAUUACCUCAAAGAGCCUCUGGAUAAAUACAUGUCCCAGUUUCCCAAAGUGAGAAUCGUUCGCCUCAAAGAGCGUCAGGGUCUGAUCCGGGCCAGGCUAGCCGGAGCUGCCGUUGCCACAGGUGAGGUUCUUACCUUCCUGGACUCCCAUGUUGAAUGUAACGUGGGCUGGCUGGAGCCCCUCUUGGAGAGAAUUUACCUGGAUCGCAGGAAGGUUCCCUGUCCGGUUAUUGAGGUCAUCAAUGACAAAGACAUGAGUUAUAUGCUGAUUGACAACUUUCAAAGAGGUAUUUUCAAAUGGCCUCUGGUGUUUGGCUGGAAUGCGCUCUCCGAAGACUACAUCAGGAAACACAACAUAACAGUUUCAGAUCCCAUCAGGUGUCCUGUUAUGGCUGGAGGGCUUUUUUCUAUUGACAAAAAGUACUUCUAUGAGCUUGGUACCUAUGACCCUGGUCUGGAUGUGUGGGGUGGAGAGAACAUGGAGAUUUCAUUUAAGAUCUGGAUGUGCGGAGGAGAGAUCGAGAUUAUUCCUUGCUCCCGCGUCGGACACAUUUUCCGAGGACAGAAUCCAUAUUCAUUCCCGAAGGACAGGCAGAAGACGGUGGAGCGUAACCUGGCCAGAGUGGCGGAGGUUUGGCUGGAUGAGUACAAGGACCUUUUCUACGGCCACGGGUACCAGCACUUGCUGGAUAAAAGUGUCACCGAUAUCGGCAACCUUACAGAGCAGAUAGAGCUGAGAAAGAAACUCAAGUGCAAGAACUUUAAGUGGUACCUGGAGAACGUGUACCCUGAACUGGACGCGCCAUUAGUCAAAGCAGAAGGCCUGGUCUUCAACCAAGGCUUAAGAAGAUGUCUUGCCAUGUUUAAAGACUCUUUGUCAUUCGAGACAUGUGACCUUAAUAAGCAGAGUCAGCACUUUAGCUAUACGUGGUUGAGGCACGUUCGGCAGGGGGACCUCUGCAUCGCUCCCCAACAAAGCCUCAACAGUUUUUCUGUAGUCUCCUGCGACAACGCGAAAGCUGAGCUCCGCUGGUUCCACAAAUCUUCUAAAUCGACUCUUGCGGAUCACUUCAUAGCGGAGUUCGCUUCCCAGCACAUGUGCCUGGAAGCAGAAUCUCGAGACGAUUCUCUUCACCUCAGCCCCUGUGACUCCAACAACAGCUUCCAGAAGUGGCAGUUCACACACUAUUAUGCUUCAGUGUGAGGGUGGAAUGUGUUGCAGUUAUGGUGGUAGUAAUGGGAUGACAAUCAUGGAUGAUCAUGUUGGAUUGUGGGUCAGAGAAACAAGAUUUUAUAUUUACUGUGGUACGUUUAAACCCAUCAAGACCUGAUGCAGCAAUAAGUUGUGGCCGUUUUAAGAUGCAUCAGAUCUGAGUUUUGGGUGUAUUUUUGUUAAACACUCCCAAAUAAAGUAUCUAAAACCGCCUUUUUUUGCAUUAAGGUACACGUUUUCAAAGAUGUUACAUAUUUUAUGGUUCGUGUUUGAGUUUUAAAGCUUCAUUCUUUAGGAUUUGGAAUCUGAUGUGAAAAUGUUUAUGGAUGAUUUUCUUCUUGACACUAGGGGGCAGCAUUGGCUCAAACUAUUAGAAAAAACUGAUGGAAUACUAUGGUUUUACUACCUGUGAUAAGUUUUUAUGGAUCAAAGUGAUUUGAAAAAUGAUUUUUAUAAAAGUGUGACAAAUAAAAAAUCUUGAACAGUA